AUGAUUUUGGAUUUCCCUGAUAAUCUAAAUUCUAGUCAAUCCAUCAUGCCUGAGAAAUAAACAAAAGACUGGCAUUCAGAAUUGAAAUUCUUGCAUUACUUCCCAAAAAAUAAGUGCUUUGGAAAAGAGGAGCAAGAAAUCACCAGAAAUAUUAAGACUAUUGAAACACAUUACAAAUAAAAAGUAUAAGAAAUGGUAUCGUAAUUACUCACAGACGAACAAGGCACCUUGAAUAUCAUACCUAAAAAAGCAAACAUAGAUUUGAAGAGAGCAAUCCAACCUAAAUUAGAUAAAUUGAAGAAAAAAACAGAAAGAGCCAUUGUGGAUGUAUUAAGUAUCUAUUUGAUAUAAAAUAAAGAUGAGAGAUUUUUAAAGAAAGAAGUUGAAAAAAAAGAGGAAAUCAUUGAACCAUAAACUACAACCAUUGCUCAACCAAUUAAGGAAAUAAUUAAUGUCUAUGAUAAAGAAAUUGAAUUUGAUGAUGAGGACUAUGAUGAUGAUUACGAAACAUUAUGA